AUGGAUUUUAAAAACGCUGAAUACAUUUGGGAUGCUCUAAAUGAUUUACAUAAAAGUGAUAAAAAUGCCUAUGAGAAGUUUAUAAAGAAACAUAUGAACAAAAUACAUGAAGCAAAACCUGUCAAGCCAAAAUUUUGCUUUUGUGUUGUAACAGAUGUUGAAAAAAUUGCUAUUAAAACAAAGAUAAAUGAAUAUAAAGAAAAAGUUUGUGAUUAUUUUGUAUAUAUAUAUUAUACAAAUAAAAUUAGGGCACCUGUACUUCCUAAUGAUUUUGCGAAUAAUAUAGACAGUAUAAAUUUUGAAAAUAUUUUUAUAAGCACUUCUAAAAUUAAGGGGGAAAGUUCUAAAGAUAUGUAUGCUGAAGCAGUUAUACAUCCUAUCAUAUAUAAAAAUAUGAAUAAUUUGUAUUUUAAAAAUAAAAUUGUUGUCAGAAUUUUAGAAAUUAUGAAUGAUUAUGAAAAAACAUUUAGGAAUGACAUAAGUGUAAAUAUUAAUUCAUUUAAAUAUAUAGAGUUACAAUAUGUUCCUAAAUCAUACCAUUAUUUAAAUCCUCAUUGUAUAGAUUAUAAUUCAAUUGAAAAAAAUGAUGAAACUGUAGAUGAAGAAGACAUUAAAUUUUAUAGUAUAUUGAAUGAAAAACAAAAUAAAAGUAAUAAUACCAAAAAUGAAGAACAAAAAGAAAUAAGAAUUUUUAAUACAUCAAGUGAUAUUUUAAAUGAUAUAAAAUCAGUAAAAACUACAAAAAAAAAUAAUGAUAAUGAAUGUACUAGAGUUAAUAUACCUAGACAAAUACAGUCAUAUCAUUAUACAAUUAUUGAUAGAUUUUUACACAUAAUUUUAACCUUUAAUAAUAUUUCUUACGAUGAUUUGGAAAUUUUGAAAAAACGUAAUAACAUUGAUAUAUAUGUUUCUAGCCGAUCCAAUGAAUGCAUGUCUUUAAAUUUCAAAGAAAACUUAAGUGAUAAUGUUAAAGCGUAUUUUAAUGAAAAAUUAUUAAAAUUAACAAUAAGUGUAGAGUUGUUAUAUUGA